CAACUAUUCAACGAUGACAAGCGAACUUCCAGGAAAAAUAUGAUCAAAAAACUUUUCCUAAAAAGCGUGAUUCAAGACGCGGAAUCAAAGGCUAUCAGUCAAAUCGAAGAGAAACUUGAACAUGCGAUAGACAUGGCUUCCGAGGAUUUAGACAUUAUAGAAAUAGAACUACCACCCAUUAAAACUGAAGAACGCGAAGAAGUUCUCGAAGCUAUACACAACCGCGACGGUUAUAUGAAAGGAAAAGUACAUAAACGUUUGAUGAAUUCAAUCGACACACAACUUCCAAGUUGGGAGGUGCUGAUUGAUGUGAUAGCUGUAGUUAAUAUGGAUCGAGCAACGGCAUCCGCAAGAAGUUCUUUAGAAGUGCCAUAUCUUGGUCAUUGGGGCAUAGGCGUGGCUUUCGAUGCAGCGCUAUG